AUGUCUAAGACUAAUGAAAUUGUUGAAGAAGAAUUGAAGGUUGAAGAAGGCAAUGGAAUUCCCUCUAAUAAGUUUCAUUAUUUUUGUUCUUCUCCAUAUGUGGUUUGUCUCGCACAAAAGAUGAUGGCUGAAGCAAUUGGUACGUACUUUGUAAUUUUUGCUGGUUGUGGCGCUGUGGUGGUGAACAAUUUGUACGAUGACAAAGUCACAUUUCCUGGAAUAUGUGUGACAUGGGGUCUCAUUGUUAUGGUCAUGGUUUAUUCUGUUGGCCAUAUUUCGGGGGCCCACUUUAAUCCUGCAGUUACUCUUACUUUUGCCAUUUGUCGCCACUCCCCUAUAAAGAGGUUAGUACCGCUUUACAUAAUUGCACAAAUUUUGGGUUCAAUGUUGGCUAGUGGUACAUUAUGCGCCAUAUUCGAUGUUACUCCAAAUGCGUACUUUGGCACCAUUCCUGCAGGCUCAAAUGGGCAAUCCAUGGGAAUAGAAAUCAUCAUCUCUUUCUUGUUGAUGUUCGUCAUUUCUGGAGUAGCAACAGAUUCUAGAGCGAUUGGAGAAUUGGCUGGAAUCGCGGUUGGAAUGACUAUAAUGUUAAAUGUUUUUGUCGCGGGGCCGAUUUCGGGUGCAUCAAUGAAUCCAGCACGAAGUAUUGGACCCGCAGUUAUGAAGCAAAACUUCAAAGGACUUUGGGUGUACAUAAUAGGACCACCAAUUGGGACUAUUGCCGGAGGAUUGACUUAUAACCUCAUUAGGUUCACGGACAAACCUCUUAGGGAGUUAACAAAAAGUUCGUCUUUUCUCAGGACCAUGUCAAGGCUUUGAAGGCUUUGCUUUGCCUUUAGUUGUAAUUUUUCUAGAAUUUUGGUCAAUUUUUUAGCUUAAUUGUUAAUUGCAGUGAUGGGGUUUGCUCUUUUCUGUAGUUCAUAAGCAAGGUUUGGAUAGAUAUAGCUAGACUACUAUAUCUUUUGGGAAUAUGAAUAUUUUGAAUAAUGAUAGACUCACUCUUUUGUAAAAGAGCAUAGCAUUCAGCUAAAAUCAUGUGUUAGGAGUCUUUAGGACUUGAUCUAGUUAUA